CUCACUCAGCUGGCCGCUGCGCGCCAGGGCUGCAGGGGGAUCGAAUGGAGACGGUGACAUCCAACCGAGCGCCUGUGCAUUUUACGCAGGAGUGACAACCGAAAAAAAAGAAGAAAAAAAAAAAACCCCGACCGCAAGAUGAUGUAGUCUUCAUCGCUGCAGAGAUAGUUCACCAGCUGCAGGAUUCAAUCAUUUCUCUUUUUGUUGUUGUUGUAGUGUUGUUUUUUUUUUUUUUUGGGGUUCCCAGCCGUUCGAUUUUGACGCUUUAGAGAAAGUGAACUCGAUCGAUCGGAGCCGACGGGAUCCCCUUUGAAUGGAAGGCGGUUAGAGAGGUCGCCUCGCCGAGAGAAACCGGCAGCGGACGGUCCUCCCCGGCCGUGUUUACUACACCGCUUCGACGUUUCCCUUCGGCGGCGUCGUCGUCGUCGUCGUUGUCGUCAUCAUGGCGUUUGGCGUGAACGAGCCGCGGAAGCUGUCGGACUGAGACGCGGCUAAGAAUUCGUCAAUAUUGCGGAAAUUAAAUGCCUCUGUCCAAGGGCCACCGACCCGCUGUUUCGGUCAGGUCCGCGCGUGCGGCGUCUCGCGCCGUCACGAAGAAGCGACUCGCAGGCUGCUGAACUACAGAAAGAGACUCCGUCGGGUGGGUUCGAGACAUUUGACAGCCAAGAAAGGGGGUUCGUGGGGGGUAUUUUUGUUUGUUUGUUUGUUUGUUUGUUUUUUCACCCCCCAAGCAAUAUGGCAGGUGAGCGGGGCUGGGGACGCUGGCACGGGCUCUCCAAGGCGCCUAAAUGCUAGCUGAGGCAGGUGGCACCGUUCUCCAUGGACGCGACAGCUCUAUGAGGACAAGCAAUAUCAACACUGAUAGAAAUCCCGACUAUUCAAUCUUAAUAUCCAAGAUGGAAGACGUCGUCAUCCCGUUCUCGUCCGAGGUGCCCUGCGACAAUAAUGGACAGCGCAUGUGGUGGGCAUUCCUCGCCUCCUCCAUGGUGACGUUUUUUGGGGGUCUCUUCAUCAUCCUGCUGUGGAGGACGCUGAAAUACAUGUGGACAGUUUGCUGCCACUGCAACAUCAAACCCAAGGAGGCUCAGAAGGUGAUAAAUCCCGCCAACAAUCCGUCAGCAGAUAAACCAAAGGGCGAUGAGAAGGAGGAGGUCCCCAUCAGCGAGGUGGGAUGGAUGACUUCAGUAAAAGACUGGGCCGGGGUCAUGAUCUCCGCUCAGACCAUCACCGGCCGAGUUCUGGUGGUGUUAGUCUUUGCGCUCAGCAUCGGGGCCCUUGGAAUAUACUUCAUUGACUCAUCAGAUCCAAUAGAAUCCUGUCAGAACUUCUACAAAGAUUUCACGUUACAAAUCGAUAUGGCCUUCAACGUCUUCUUCCUUCUUUACUUUGGCCUGCGGUUCAUAGCGGCCAAUGAUAAGCUGUGGUUCUGGCUGGAGGUCAACUCAGUGGUCGACUUCUUCACUGUUCCUCCCGUGUUUGUUUCUGUUUACCUGAACAGAAGCUGGCUCGGUUUAAGAUUUCUCAGAGCACUAAGAUUGAUACAGUUUUCAGAAAUUCUUCAGUUUUUGAAUAUCUUGAAAACAAGUAACUCCAUCAAGCUGGUGAACCUAUGUUCCAUCUUCAUAAGCACGUGGCUCACAGCAGCUGGAUUCAUACAUUUGGUGGAAAACUCAGGGGAUCCUUGGGAAAACUUCAAGAAUUCCCAGUCCCUUUCCUAUUGGGAAUGUGUCUACUUGCUGAUGGUGACAAUGUCCACAGUGGGCUACGGGGAUGUCUAUGCAAAAACCACCUUGGGGCGCCUGUUUAUGGUCUUCUUCAUCCUUGGUGGUUUGGCCAUGUUUGCCAGCUACGUCCCUGAAAUCAUAGAGUUAAUAGGAAACCGAAAGAAAUAUGGUGGUUCCUAUAGUGCGGUUAAUGGGAGAAAGCAUAUUGUGGUCUGUGGUCAUAUUACCCUCGAAAGUGUCUCCAACUUCCUCAAAGACUUCCUACACAAGGACAGGGAUGAUGUCAAUGUUGAAAUAGUUUUUCUCCAUAAUAUUUCCCCUAAUCUUGAGCUGGAAGCCUUGUUCAAACGCCAUUUUACCCAAGUAGAGUUCUACCAGGGAUCUGUUCUCAACCCUCACGACCUCGCCAGAGUGAAGAUCGAGGCAGCAGAUGCCUGCUUAAUCCUAGCCAACAAAUACUGUGCAGAUCCUGAUGCUGAAGAUGCCUCCAACAUCAUGAGGGUUAUUUCGAUCAAGAACUACCAUCCCAAGAUCAGAAUAAUCACACAAAUGCUGCAGUACCACAAUAAGGCCCAUCUGCUCAACAUUCCAAGCUGGAACUGGAGGGAGGGUGACGAUGCUAUCUGUCUGGCAGAGCUGAAGGCGGGCUUCAUUGCCCAGAGCUGUCUGGCUCAGGGCCUGUCCACCAUGCUAGCCAACCUCUUCUCCAUGAGGUCCUUCAUCGAGAUUGAGGAGGACACAUGGCAGAAGUAUUACCUAGAAGGGGUGGCUAAUGAGAUGUACACAGAGUAUUUAUCCAGUGCCUUUGUCGGCCUCACCUUCCCCACCAUCUGUGAGCUGUGUUACGUGAAGCUCAAGCUGCUGCUUAUUGCCAUCGAGUACAAGUCCGAGCAGAGAGAGAGCAGCAUCCUCAUCAACCCGGGCAACCAUGUCAAGAUGCAGGAAGGAACGCUCGGAUUUUUUAUCGCCAGUGACGCCAAGGAAGUUAAGAGAGCCUUUUUCUACUGCAAAGCUUGUCACGACGACAUCACAGACCCUAAGCGGAUCAAGAAGUGUGGCUGCAAGCGACCCAGGAUGUCCGUCUACAAACGAAUGAAACUGGCAUGUUGUUUUGAUUGCGGCUGUUCAGAGCAAGACUGCUCUUGCAUGUCAGGCAGUGUACAUAGUAACAUGGACACCCUUCAGAGGGCCUACCCACUUUCCUCUGUCUCUGUUCAUGAUUGCGCAACCACUUUACGUGCCUUCGACGACGACCAUCCAUCCACUGUCUCGCCCAAAAAAAAGCAACGCAACGGAGGGAUGCGAAACUCGCCCAACUGCUCGCCCAAAAUGAUGAGUCGACACGACCCUCUUGUCAUUCCCGGGAAUGACCAGAUGGAGGGCAUGGACAUGAGCGUGAAGAGGUAUGACUCGACAGGGAUGUUUCACUGGUGCCCAUCAAAAGACAUCGAAAAAGUAAUCCUGACCCGGAGUGAAGCCUCCAUGACAGUACUGAGCGGCCAUGUGGUGGUCUGUAUAUUUGGGGAUGUCACGUCCGCUUUGGUGGGGCUGCGAAACUUGGUGAUGCCUUUGAGAGCCAGCAAUUUCCACUACCACGAGCUUAAGCCUAUAGUGUUUGUGGGCUCGCUGGAUUACCUGCGAAGAGAGUGGGAGACUUUACACAACUUCCCCAAAGUCUCCAUCUUACCUGGUACGCCAUUAAGCCGGGCAGAUUUAAGGGCUGUCAACAUCAACCUCUGCGACAUGUGCGUAAUACUGUCAGCCAAUCAGAACAAUAUUGAAGAUACCUCACUGCAGGAUAAGGAAUGCAUCUUGGCGUCGCUCAACAUCAAAUCAAUGCAGUUUGAUGACAGCAUUGGGGUCCUGCAGGCUAAUUCCCAAGGUUUCACGCCUCCUGGAAUGGACAGGUCAUCUCCAGACAGCAGUCCAGUACAUGGCUUUGUGCGUCAGGCUUCUGUCACCACCGGCUCCAACAUCCCCAUCAUCACAGAACUAGUGAACGACUCAAACGUUCAGUUCCUGGACCAAGAUGAUGAUGACGACCCAGACACGGAGCUGUAUCUCACUCAGCCCUUCGCCUGCGGCACCGCCUUUGCUGUCAGUGUACUCGACUCCCUGAUGAGCGCAACAUACUUCAACGACAACAUCCUUACGCUGAUCCGGACGCUGGUUACAGGGGGAGCCACGCCGGAGCUCGAGGGCCUGCUGGCUGAGGAGAACGCCCUGCGAGGCGGCUACAGCACACCUCAGACAUUGGCGAAUAGAGACAGGUGUCGCGUCGCCCAGCUCGCCCUCUACGACGGGCCAUUUGCCGACUUGGGGGACGGCGGUUGCUACGGGGAUUUAUUCUGUAAAGCACUGAAGACGUACAACAUGUUGUGUUUUGGGAUCUACAGAUUAAGAGACGCUCACCUAAAUGCACCGAGCCCGUGUACAAAACGGUAUGUGAUCACGAACCCACCCUAUGAGUUUGAGCUCGUGCCCACAGACCUGAUCUUCUGCCUUAUGCAGUUUGACCACAAUGCAGGCCAGUCCCGGACAAGCUUGUCCCACUCUUCCCACUCCUCCCAUUCCUCCAGCAAAAAGAGCUCCUCCGUUCACUCAAUCCCGCCCUCCAACCGGCAGAACCGCAGCAGUAAGACCCGCGAGUCGCGCGACAAACAGAAUGCAACAAGGAUGAAUAGAAUGGGCCAAGAAAAGAAAUGGUUUACAGAUGAACCAGAAAAUACCUACACAAGGAACAUUCAGAUCAAGCCCAUGAGCACUCAAAUGGCCAACCAAGUCAACCAAUACAAAUCCACUAGUAGUCUGAUUCCACCAAUCAGAGAAGUUGAAGAUGAAUGCUGAACACGGCAUUUCCUUGCUGACUCACCAGACAUCUAUAUACUCUUUCAAGAGAGAUGGAAGAUCACCCAUGGAGGAUUGAUGAUGAUGAUAACGAUGAUAUAUUUCUCUUCAUUCAUUCUUCUAAUGAAGGGAUCGGACAGAAGCCCAAAUUGGAAAGGACCUCUGAUGUGUAUACCUUUGAUGUUACCUCCAUGCUCUUGGACAUCGUUUUAUUUAUUAAUGUAUCCAUAGUGAUGUACAUAAUGACAAUCAACUAAGGAUUGUACAGCCCCUUCCCUCUAGCACCUUUUGAAAUUAUUUUAAGAGUUGAUAAAAAAAAAAAAGAGUACUUCCUGUAAUUCUUUGCAAUAGUUCACCUCAUGCUGUGACCAGACGCCAUUGCUAAUGUGACUGGUUAUCGAAGGAUGAGGUUUGCAGCGUUAAACUGAUCAUAUCAUCUCCCAAAGAUCUACCCAGAUGCCUCGCGUCAAACCAACUGGGUUCACCAACUUCAUGUCCCCCCAACCGCUUCUGUUCUAUUUGCACUAAAAAUGGACAAGUUUCUUUUGACAGAACACCCAGAAACCCCCCCCCCCCCCCCCCCCCCCCGAUGAAGAAAAGGGGGGAAGGCUGCUUGGUUUCGGAGGCUCGCUAGUCGUUGUUCUAAGGUUGUCAGGAAUCAUGUCAUUGCUUACAGUUUCACCGUUGACGUCGUCAUGUUGAGUGAGAGCAUUCCAGCCCUGCAGAGCAACAAUCAUGCUGCAGAACAGUAGUCUAUGAACACAGAGAGUGGUGCACUGAAAAAAAAAAACCAAACCACGCACCUACACGUCCUCUGCUGAUAUGUCAGAUCAUAAAGCCUGUGACUCUGUUUUAAGCUCCUAUUGCAUGAUAUGUGCCUGAGCCACCUCUAUUACAGACGCAGAGCUGUCGAUCAACCUGAGUAUGUGAGAAGGAGGAAAAAACAACUUACGCUGUCCUUUGGGAUCAUUUACGUUAUGUGCACGCUGUGUGUGUUUGUGUGUGCGUGCGCGCGUCCGUUUGUGCAUCGCACCCACGCGUCCUGACCAGUGCUGUAAACUGGUCCAUCACCGUGAAUUUAAUGGUGCACCUGGGAAGGAGCGGCAGGUGGGUGAAGUCGUGGUGGAAAACAAAACAGAAUCUAGAGGGUUUGGAUCUAUAAACAAAAUUAGUAUGUUGCAUCAAAGUAAAACUAAAGUCUCCAACUGUGAUUGAGCAAAUCCAACACAAACAGCAGCUGCGUGUCCGCUGUUGACGCUUUGCUGCCAUAGCUGCGGCACAAUUUGGGAUCACGAGAAGUGUGGUGUAUUUUCUGAUUGUUUUUUUUUUAGUUUUUUUGGUCUUUUACAAAAGUGUCAUGUCUGAGUAGAAGAAAUGCCACAUAUUGCAUGAAAGUGGGCAAUAAUGGGUCCUCCUUUGACCAAAGCAACUGCCUGGCACAGGGUUGGCACAGAGGCAAUGAAGCGCUUGGAUGUUCUCUGUUGCCAAUCCAGAUGUCACACGCCACAGAACUCUCAGGAGUUGAGCUGCUGUGUUCGGUCCUCUUAACACGGGGAACUGCUCAAACAUAGUUGGAUGGAAAUGCAACAUUGCCACAGACUGCUAAUAAGGAUACUGGAGAGGAACCAGUGUUCUUUAUGCUAGCCUGUGUGCAACAUGAGCAUGUAUUUUGCACAUAUUAACGACACUGAUAGAUCCAAAUCCAUCUUUAACGGAGGAGAGGAGGAUCGAGGUGGUAGCCUUGUACUCUUAAUACAUAUUCUUCAUGCAAAUAAGUAGUUGGGUUUAUACAUUUAAGCGUAAUUAUUUUUGUCUUCACAAACAUAAUCAAUUUGUACUUAUUUUUCUAGACAAGAACCAUGUGAAAAGUACUAUGGGAGAUACAAAUAUAUUUAAUUUCAACUGCCUAUCAAAGUAUUUUGCGUUUGACAAAAUCACCAUUUAUUUCAUGCUGUAUUAAAACAAAAUAUUUUUUUAUCCCCUAUGGCCCCUCUUUAAGAAAACUGCAUCACUCUGGAGCCAAUAAAGCGUAGACUAAUUUGCAUUGUGAAACUACCAUCUUCAGCCUGGCAGCUCGGCUUUGUUGAGUGCUUGUAGAAAUAGAUUAAGGCUCGUCUGUUUUAGUUGCAAAGAUAAGCCGUAUCUAGGAAAUAAUGCGUCUACUACUAAGCAUCCCUAGCGAAAACAUGUAGAUGGAAAGAGUAAGUAUAUGUUGACGGUAAAUGUUGUUCGGGGUGGAGAAGUAAUGAUAUUUGGGGAGAUGUUAGUCACCCCCUCUGUGUGCAGACCACAAGUGAAUGACUUUCAUUAGAUUUGUUUGACCUAAAUUAGGUUCAUAAGUUGGAGAUAAGAUAAGUUGGUGUGUUCGCUAAAACAUGUUUUUCACAAAAUAUGAUAGGGAGAAGCUGUCUGUGUAUUGCAGUGAUUCUCCUCUAUUGGCUCUAAAGAAACAUAAUCCCCCCCCAAAAAUAGAAAAAAAAUAAUAAUUUUGUCCUAAAUAUGUUUGUGUAAAUUCAACCCAUUAUAUAAGCCACAUUUCUUUUCGAACAAAAUUAUCUGAGCUUCAAUGUCUGUCUAUUGGGUGUGGUGCAACUAUACUGAAGCCUCACAUAUUGUCCUGAAGUGAACUUUUGAACUGUGAUUACAUUGUUGUCACACGUUGUAGCAAAUAGAUUUCUUUUGCAGAAAAAAUGUGAGUAAAAUGUAUGUAUAAUUGGGUUGUUAAUAGCAUAUUCGCUAGCCUGAACAAUAACUAUUAAUAUCUGAUAAUGGCAGUGACUCCUUACACAUAAAAACGACAAACUGAUUGUUGUGUUGAAAAAAAAAAAAAAAGAAAGACAAAUGUGUACUUUGAAAAUGAAAGAUCCUGGAUUCAAAUGAGAAAAGUAAAGGCAGAGUUUCAUCUGGUUUAUCAGCCAUCACAAUGAUGGAAGGUAGCUCCAGUUUAGCGGAGGUGUUUAAAAGAGACUACAUCCUUAAUUUUUCUUUUUUUAUUACUUUGUGUUAUUACAGGGUUUACAUUCCAUUUUGUCAGCUUUUCAUCUGUCAUAACAUGUCAAAACAGCUUAUUAUUUGUUUACAGAUUAUUUUGUGAGCUACUUAAACAUAGACUUGUUCAGAAAUAAAACAGUACAUAUUACAAACUGGCAUUAACAUAAACUCACAAAGUAAUGCCCCAUUUUCUUUUCACUACACUUGAUUACUGUGCUUUUUCUACCUGAACCUGCUGUGCGACGCACUCAGGCAGGUAUUUCUCUGCUUCCCACACACCUUGUCAUAUAUCUGUUUAGAUGUUUUAGGUCUUUGCAUUGUAUACCUCUAAAGUUUUAGAGUGUUUUUUGAAGUGCCAUGAAGAGUUUCGUUAUCAAGCAUCCUUCAGUCAUUCAGGGACACGCGCUCGCUUUUCGGGGAGCUCCGUCCAAACCUGUGUUUUUCCACUGUGACAACGGUGUCCUGCACUGGCAUGGAGAACAUCCAAGCCAUCAAUGCCUCCAUGCCAGUGCAGUGCCAGGCAGUGCAAGCGGUCAAGGGGAGGGCCCAUAUUAAGUCCCACUAUAGCGAAAAGUGGCAUUCGGGAGGUCCGCGGGGGAGGGGGGGGGGGGGGGUGGUGAGCGAGGUCAGACAGACAGUCUGCCCCCAGUCAUCAAACCUCGCACACACACGCACACAUGGUCUCUGGUGUGUGUGUGUGUGUGCGCGCUCGGUUACAGGCUGCCCGUUUGUGUUAUGUCGUGUUAUUCGUGAUGGAUGACUGAAAGAUGCACGUAGAGGCACACGCCUGUAACGUCACAUGUGUUGUCGUCCACUGAACAAAUGAAAGACUACGAUGCGUCAUACGUAACUGUUGCAGUAUGUUGCGUUAUUCUUGUUUAUCUAUUUUCUGUUGAUGUAAAGGAUGGACAGAUAAAUUAUUUGCUGGGAAUUGUUAUAGAUAUUAUAGAACAUAUAAAACUUGUGGGGAUGGGAGGGGGGGGUCUCAAGUCUUAACAAUACAUUAAAAUUGCAUUCAGCAAUUUCUUUUUUUUUGAGAAAAGUAACAAUAUGGUUAAUUUAUUUUGGCUGCCUAUGGGUUUCGGAAGAAUCAGGACAUUGCUCUUGCGUAUCUCAGAAAGGAUUUGUUGGCACAUUGUCAUUGCAGCAAACAGGAGUUUGACAUAGCGAUCUAAUUAGUUUGGAUGCGUUCUAGAUAUGAUGCAUACAUUGAUUAUUUGAUGGUGCUGAGUUGAUCAACCUGACUGUCAAAAAUAAUCUGCUGAUAAAUCUACUGUCUUGUACAAAACGUUUGUACAUAGAUUGUACAUGGUUUCUUUUUGUAUUUUCUCAAAUUAAAAUGGAUGUAUUUGUGUUCUAAACCUCUUUA